GCUAUGGAGACAUGGGUGCUGGGCUGGCAGACUACCGGAGGCGGAGGAGGCGUACCUUCCGCGCCCUGAGCCGGCGGGUCCUUCGGCUCUGCGUUCCAGGUCGCUUAGCUGCAACGCCCGGGACCGGUGACUGCGCGAGGCCCCGGAGAGGCACUGCGGCGCGUCCACCUUCCGGAAACCCCAGUCAAGAGAGCGCCGGAGGCCCUGGCCCCCUACCCUGAACCCGGCUGGUGGGAGAGCCAAACGGCCUUCGCUAGCCUCCGUCGCCGCUCUGCCGUCCCGGGGCUCCCGAGGGCGCUGUUCCAGACACCAGCCUUCGGUGGCCAAAGUGCCGCAUCUCUGUCCCCACAGCCCCGUGAAACAUCCGCUCUCUGGGAGGCGAUGCUUCAGGUACAAGGGAAACCAUUUCCUGGAACAUCUGAAUUGUAACCGGCCGUCAAGGGGCGAGCAUGCUGCAGUUGAGUGAACUGCAGCUUUCGAACGAAAACGAUACCGAGGAGAUCACCCAACUCGCUUCCCUGGCACUGUCAGAGGAUGAAACAUCCAGCGAAAAAAACUCCAGCAGUAUCCCCGAAAAAGCUGGUUAUCCGGACCCCGUUUACAUUAUGGCCGCGAACGUUUUUCAGGGUAUUCGAGUCGAAAAGCCACCAGAGAAAGUCUUAAUAAAGUAUGGGAACGAACCCCUGCAGUCCUUGUCCAAGUCUGAGGAUGAAUCCUUUCAGCGCUCGUCCUAUGAGCUGGCUUUCAGUGCCUUGAAGUAUCAAGAUAUUUUGGAAAGUAUAUUAAUAGAUAGCUGUAUCUUUCCAAGCACUACAAUACCAGAUCAUUUGAGCAGUCUAAUUAUUGUGAUGCUGUAUGAUUUCCAAGAUAGAAAAUUUCAAGCUCGUCUCCUUUCUGAUAAUGAGGAGUCCAUAGCAGAAGUUCAAGUAGUAGAGAACCUUCUUAACAGUUUUAAGACAAAACUGGCGGCAGCAUUGGCAAGAUGUCGUAUCAAACAUGAUGCCCUUUCAAUAUACCACAUUCUUCCAGAAACAGUUAGGAACCAGGAGCAAAGGGCUUCCACUUUGCCACUUUAUGCUUGGAUAAAUACUUGUAAAAUCAGCCUUGAAGAAGUUUACCAUAGUUUGAAGAAAAAAGGCUAUAGUAAAGUCAAAUCUGUAUUGCACAUUGGUGGUAAAGCCUUUUCUGUGGACAAACAUUGCUAUGAUGUCGUAAUUUUUCCAUCUCAUCUUAAAAGUGAUCUUCUAAAUAUAGAUCUUUUCAAAGAUUAUAAACUGAUAUUCCAGGACAAAUCUCGAAGUCUUGCUGUCCAUUCUGUAAAGGCUUUAUUAAAUAUGGAUGAUGAUAUCUUAAUGGUCAAUACAGGUUCAUGGUACACAGUCGCCCAUAUGGCAAUCUUAACAAACAAUAAUUCCACAAAAAUAUUUGUGUGUGGAGUACAAUCACAAACUAAGCAUCCUGACCUGAAGAACCUUUUCACAAAAAUGGGAUGUAAAAAUAUUGAAAUACUUCAUGAGACGUUUCUUAACAUUGAACCAAAAGAUAACAGAUUACAGAAAGUUAAAGUGAUUCUGCUUCUCCCUCGUUGCUCAGGACUGGGUAUUAGUAAUCCAGUAGAAUUUAUUUUAAAUGAGCAUGGAGAUACAGACUUACUUAAAGAUUUCUCUCAAGGAGGCACAUCAGAAGAUAAACUUAAUGUUCUUGCCCAACAGCAAUAUGAACAGCUAACACAUGCAAUGAAAUUUACUAAAGCUCAAGCAGUUGUUUACUGCACAUGUUCAGUUUAUCCAGAAGAGAACGAAGCUGUUGUUAAGAAAGCACUGGAACUUCAAGACCUUGCGACUAAAGUACAACCUUAUAGGCUCAGCCCUCCUGUCCUCCCGCUGUGCUCCUCAAAGGAAAUACAGUUGUCUACUGAUAAAUUUUUCAGAAUGGAACCAUCUGAAAUUACUAAUGGUUGUUUCCUUUCUGUUCUAACAAGGGAGCGGGACCCAUCUGAGACAGUGUCUGUGAAAGACGUUUUGGCUCGCGCUGCAGCAAAGGGUCUGCUGGAUGGGAUUGAAUUGGGUAAAUCUCCAAAACGGGAGAAGAAGAAGAAAAAAUCAAAAACAGCAUUGCCCAAAGCUCCCAGUACUCAUAGUAACAGCAUUCAAACGAAAAUUGCUGAGUUCCUGAAUCGAGAAAGUAAUGCAAAUAUUAAUCGGUCAGAGAUAUCAACAACAAAAACGCCUCUUGCACAGAAAAGUACAACUCAAGUGGGUUCUUCCUCACAGGUCAGAAAACCCAACAAGCCAGCCACCAACCCCUUAGUGCCAACAUUUACGAAGAACACAUCUCCCUCCAGACCAUACGAACGACCCUCAAACUUCGUAAGACCUCGCCCAGAAGACAGAAUGGUUGUACUGAAACCUGUAGAGAUUGUUUUGCCUCCAGUAAUGUUCCCAUAUUCAACUCCUCAAGGACUCAGACCUCAGAUACCAACUCAACACUUGUACUAUCGUUGGGUUAGAGCCAAGCCUGUUGUGCCUGAUUACCUUUGCGCACCAUCAAUAACCAGAAAAGGGGAAAAACCUAGAAAUUUACCUUCCUCCCUACUCAGACAUCGUCAGCCAUGGCUUUGACAGUCUUGUGUAUGUUUUGUUUUAAAACAGGGGCCAAGAGCAGUUGAUAUUUUUCGGUCUGAUAUUUCUCUGCAGCUUAGACAUUCCUACACAAGAUACUCAUCCUUUCAGUCACUUAGCAUCUUCUAAAUGUGAAAUUAUCUUCUAGAGAAUUAAGACAAGUGAGAAAC